AUGGCGCGGGAAAAAGGAAAAGGCAAAGUGAAAAUCACCACAUAUUCAUCGUCUUCGGACUCCACUGAUGCAAGUGUUCCUGCAUCUCCUCCUCCACAAAAAGACGCUCCUCUGGUAAUUGGAAAAUCAAAAGAAAUGCCCAAGAAAAGAACUAGUGAGCCUGUCCAAGAAAAAGGAACCAAAAAGAAAAAGACUUCAAAAGCUCCAGUUAUGCAUAUGGAAAGGGCCAUUCAUGAACCAAGCAAAGAAGGAAGUGGGAAGGAUAUGAGUGACUUAGAAUCUGAGACAGAACCACAAACUCCUGCUCCUGCUGCUCCUGCAAAAGGAAAGGCAAAAACAGCUCAAAAGAAACAAAGAAGCAAGCAGAAAGAGCAAACUGGUAAACCAUAUGGCAAAAAGGCUAAAACUGUUAAAAAGUCUACAGCAUAA